AUGACUAAAACUAUACGUGAUCAUCGUUGCGAUCUGCUGCAACGUAGCGCUUCCACGGGUGCCUUGGAAGUUAGCACGUCACCAGACGCAGAUCGUGGUUCGGUACCAGCUCGUGUGCAGACUUCCUAUACUUUGGUAUCAAAAAGUCCGGAUGCUAUCGGAAGCCAUCUCAGUUAUAGUGACACUGUACCUGCCAAUGCUCUAGCGUCAGUUCCACCACCUUCAACUCCUGCACCUCUUUCGCGAAUGUUAUUUUCGCAAUUUUUUGGUACACCAACUGCGACUGCAGCGGUUGCUGCAACAGCUGCCGCUACUGUUCCAUCAACAUCCACUGCAGUAAAAGAUACCGCACUGGAUCUGUCCAAUUCGGCACCAAACAAGCAACAACCGCAACAACAACAAUUCCUACCAAUUCCUGCUAUUCCGCAGCAUUUUAUUAGGCCACCCUUCAGUUUUGGUCAAUUUGCGGCAGCCGCAGCAGCGACAUUGCGUCCCGCUCCGCAUCCCGAUUUAUUUCUGAAUGGUCCUUCAUCUACACCACUACUAAACAAUGACGAUGAUUGGGAGGCAUUAAUGGAAGUGAGUACAACGGAUGAAUCUGAAAAAAUACGGGCAUUAGUUGGCGACAAAGCUUUACCAACAACGGAUCCCAAUCAGUGUUUGCUGUGCAGACGGGUACUUUCAUGUAAAAGCGCUCUGCAAAUGCAUUAUAGGACACAUACUGGUGAACGACCUUUUAAAUGUAAAAUAUGUCAACGAGCGUUUACAACGAAAGGUAACCUCAAAACUCAUAUGGGUGUCCAUCGAGCCAAGCAUUCCUUUCGUGGACUCGCUACUUCAACGGCAAAUGUUCACCAUCAAUGUCCCAUCUGCCAGAAACGGUUUUUUACCGCUCACCUGUUUCAGCAACAUGUCGCACAACAUACUAGCCAAUCAACCAGGAACGGUAUACUAUCACCGUUUGAGGUACCAGUAGCUUCUUCACAGAACUUUGAUCAUCGUAGCGAACAACAUCAUCCAACUUCGUCAGCAUCCACAACAAAUGGCACUUCUUCUAUGCUUCAAGCAAAUGCUGCAAAUUUGAUGUUACCUAUCAAGAAUGACCUCGUGUCAACACCAUUCAUGCCGCCAUUUCCGUUCUUUCCGCUUAGUUUACCACGUGGUCUUUCAAGUCCGAUUGCUGCUUCAAGUACACCUCAAACAUCACUUGGAUCAAUCCCAUUUGCAGCUAACCAUCAAAUUAAUUUAAAACAAGAAGAACAUCACCAUCAGCAACAACUACAGCACUCGAUAAAAUCAGAAUUAUUACAACCACCGCCACCAGCAACCACACGUCCGGAAUCAUUGCCCACUGCCCCUUUGCGUUUGGAAACUUUACCAGCUAUAUUUAAUCCAUUUGGGCGAUUAACUCAUCCUACAAAAGACGACGAUGAAGUGGCUUCAACGAGUAGCUCACAUAAUGGCUUAUCUUUACCGAUCAUGUCAACAGCAUUAUCAUCAGCAAAUACAAACGAUCCGGUGUCAAAUUGCACCGCUUGCUACCAAUUCCUUCCCAAUCAGGUUGCAUUAGAACUGCACAUGAGAACUCAUCGUGAUGAUACUCCAUUGAAGUGCUUCAUUUGUGGUACCACAUAUACAACAAAAGGGAACCUGAAACGGCAUAUGUCAUCAAAGCAUCAAAUUCAUUAUCCUUGUUCACCGGAUGGUAACUCCAAUGAUAGUGAUGAUGAUGACGAAGAUAGUGAUGAUGAUGAUGAGGAGGAGGAAGAGGAUUGUGCUUCAUUUACACAUGCUGAAAAUGAGCAAAUGGAUGCUGGUGAAAGUCAACACGGUAUAUCAGAAUCCACUGAUGAUAACAAUUCACCAGAACAGCAACAAUACCAACAGCAUCAGCAGCAACAACAACAGCAAGAAGAGGAGGAACAACAACAAAAUGUUGAGACUUCAGAUGAGAAGCCAUCUCCGACAUCUUCCAUAUCUAUUGCAGCCCCUCCACCUCUCAGUAGCACACCAAAUCCCUUAGAUGCAAUGCAAAAAAUGUGGGCUGAAACCGAGCCGCCACCUCCACGACAAGCUCCCAUACUAUCAAAACAUCAAUGUGGCGUUUGUUUCAAGCAUUUCAGCAGCAGUUCCGCCUUGCAAAUUCAUAUGCGAACUCAUACAGGUGAUAAACCUUUCAAAUGUGAAGUAUGUAACAGAGCGUUCACGACACGCGGUAAUCUGAAGGUACAUAUGGGUACCCAUAUGUGGCAACAGAGUCCGUCCAGGCGAGGUCGUCGUAUUUUUGAAUUUGGUGCCGAUAGUAUCUUGCGGUCGGAGUUACUACCGGCAUUCGGUCUAGGUGCCGAAGGAACACUUCGCGUUGGAUCCUUCGAUCCUAAAGUUAAUCCAUUACGUCCCGAUAGAUUUGGAUUACACCCACCAUCAUCUCAACCUGCUGCUGCACCUCCUGCACCUGCACCACCACCAUCACCAUUUUCAGUUUUACCCUUUCCAUUGCCAUUGCUACCGCAAGUAAACAAUUCCGGUGGUUGUACCCAAAAUCAAAUGGAUACUGUGAUGUGGAUGUGGAAAACAGUUUGCUCGGUAUGCCAAAAGAUUUGUGCUUCUCCUCAAGAACUUGAAAAGCACCUGAAGCAACAUUUAAAUGGUACCGUACGUACCGAUAAUGCUAAUACGGCAAAAGUUACUCCAUUACUACAGAAAACCGAGUGA